AUGAAUAUUAAAUCUUUGGAUCAUUUGGUUCUUACUGUUAAGAAUAUUGAAUCAUCAAUCAGAUUCUAUACAUGUGUCCUUGGUAUGCAAGUAGAACUGUUUAAAGGUAAUCGGAAGGCACUUCGAUUUGGACAGCAGAAGAUAAACUUGCAUGAAUAUGGACACGAAUUCGAACCCAAAGCAUGCCAUCCAGUUCCGGGUUCUGCAGACCUCUGUUUUGUAGUGAGUACUCUGCUUGAGGAGGUUGCAAGCCAUUUGAGAAAAAAUAGUGUUGCAAUAAUAGAAGGCCCAGUCAAAAGAACAGGAGCAGUUGGAAGUAUUACUUCUUUGUACAUUCGUGAUCCUGAUUCAAACUUAAUAGAAUUAUCUAAUUAUGAUUAA